AUGCGACUGACCUUCAAGAUUCGGGACGGGGCGCCGGAAAGCAUCUACCCUCCCAUCCUCGAGGUUACCUACGCGGAAGUGAAGCCGGCCCUGUGGGAUACGGAACCUUCCCUGCAGCAACCGACGGUGACUUUCACCGUGGAGUACACCAUGGAUACACAGCUCCAGAGGCCACAAGACCCCUUUGGCCCAUAUGUAUGCCCCACGCAGAGCUUUUGGAACCUCUGCCGGGCAUUCUUUGCCGUAGUCCUUGUCCUUACAAGUCUCACUGGGCUCUGGCGACUCAGGAAUUGGCACGUGCGGGUCAGCCGCUACAUACAACCUGCGCAGAUAGUGGCUCCGAGGUACAUGUAUCAGAUGGUCAACUGGCCCUUCUUGUUCCAGGGGCUGCUGAUGGUUAGCCACACGUUCGUGCUAUUCCUCUUCCCCUUCACGUUCCUGAUAUCCUCCUACUUCUUCGUCUUCUUCAAGCUGCAGCAAAGCGUGUUCCUGAUGCUUCCAGCCGAUCGCGAAGGGUACGGGUCGACGGGAGAGUACUUUCCUCUGGAGCUGAUGGUGACCGUCAUGUUCAUGUUUCAGGUUCUUCGUGUGGGAUCAUUGGUCUACCGCCAGAUCACCUCCGACGUCUUCCUUAUCGACUGGGAAAAGGAUGGGGCGCGAAAAGGGCAGCAAGCGGGGCGCGGAGGGGCUCCAAAUCAAGGCGGCGGUGUGUCGGUGUGGCGACAGUUACUGGUGGCCAACGAGUGGAAUCGACUGGGCACGAGGCGGCGAGUUAACCCUGUUUUCUCCUUGGUUUGGAUGGCGUUCGUGUUGGGGGGCGGGAGGCUCCGCUACAACGCCACUCCACAACCGGACCUCACGGACACGGAGGAGGGGGAGCUCAACCCGGCUCUACGAUUCGCGAACGUGACCUUUUGGUGGUCCCUGAUCUGCGGGUUGCAGUGGCUCGUCGCUUGCCUCAUCACAGAGCGCUACAUCCUCGAGCAACCAGAGCUGAGGUUUGUGGAUCUAGCGACAAUGGCCAAGGUUUCUGUCCUGGUCCUGGACGAGAAGUACCACGGCUGGUACCUGCACUGCCGAAGCCCCUACCCUAGGGCGGACGUGGCAAUGGACACCAUGUCAGAACAACUGGACAAGGAAGAGGCCGGGUUGACCACAGACCGGGGACUGGAGGGAUGCGUCCCCGGGGUGCAGGCGUUCGAAUUGUUCAUCACGGCUACGUUCCGAAAGAAGUACGACAAGGUUUAUCGGAGCCUUCUUCCCCCAUCGGGCUUCGACGUACAGGCCAGGAUUACGGCCGCAAGCCACGGAAACCCCCAGGCUGGGGGGUUGCUCGCCGACCAAGGGCGCGCGCUUGGGGGAGCCCGGGGGGGAAGAGGAGAUGCCAUGGGAGGGGCUGCUAUGGGCGCGCUGCGGGGGCUGAGAGGGCUGGGGGCUUCAAAUCUUCCGAAGAAAACGGAGAAGACGGUGGUGGCAGCUAGGGAGCUGACCGGUUUUUUGCAGGGCUUUAUCGAGCAGAGUUUCACGCGGGAAGAGUUGACCCGAUCGUACAGGGAGCCGUUAUGGUGGGAUCGACUGAUCGGGACCCCGCCAAGCAUGCGUCAGCUGGCUACCUAUCCGUGCAUCUUGUACCCGGACCACAAGAACUGGUUCACCAACGCGACUUUCCUCGGAAUCGAGCUCGACCUCCUUCUGUUAAACAUGACGGCUUUCCAUCUCUUCGACCAGUGGUUCGGUGACCCGACGACUUCCGCGCUUCUCACCUUCCUGCUGGACAGGCUGGUGCUGGGUGUAAGGGCAUACUUCGGCCGUGCGAACGUGUCUCGUAAGACUCUUGUAGACGAUCGCUUCUUGCUCUGA